CGCUUAACGGAGCCAAUUAUGACGUCAGAUCCUGCGCUUACUAGAGGCGCUGGCGGCGCGGGGGUGGGGAGGGCGGAAUAGCUGUUCCCUGGCUGCCACCGGAGGAGCUAGAAGGGAGAAGACUAACGGCUGAUGGCCGGAUGCGGCGGAGUGUGAAAAGUGGGCGCUUGAGCAGGCUGUCAGUCACGUGGCGUGAAAGAGAAAGGCGUCCCACCUUGGUUACUACAAUCGCGAAGUCAGGCGAUGAAAGAAAAAUCGGUUUUGAUAAAACAAGAGUGAAGCGCAAGCGUGUUUUAGCAUCUGCUGUUCGUUUCCAACCUCUUUUGGCCAGAGUGGAGGAAAAAAUUUCUUCACACAUAGAGCUCUCUCCUCCAGUUGCUUUGAGCUGGACGAAAAUCCUUCUCUGGCUGAUUCUUUCGCUUUCUCCGGCCUCUGGCUGGGACUCGUGUGGGCAGCUUGCUCUCGGCAUUCCUUUUGCCGCUGGUCCUUUGCCAAGAGCUUUCCAGUCACAUAACUCAGGGAAUUACCUUCCCUCUCUGCUCCAGCUCCUGGAAACACACCGACAAGGCAUUGAGGUGGUCUCUCACCGACUCCUCCGGCUGCAUCCAUUUGUGAUACAUCUUCCGUGUCAGUGUGUGACAGUAGUGCUCCAUCCGCACAGCCCACACAUUGUAGUUCACGGGAGUGAGCUUCUCAACCAGCAACGCAGCCAUUGUUUGAGCCAUGCUGCUAUGCACCUGGUUAUCAGCCUCACUGUUAUCUUCCUCCAAGCUGCUUUCUCCCUCACUGCUGAAGCUUUCCUCCGUCUCCGUCCGAAGACCACCACUUCUCAGCGUGCGUUGGUGCAGCGGAAGCGUGCUGGGCCCAUCACGCUGUUUGCGCUUAGUGUGGGGUCUUCUCGAGACUUGCAAAAGGAAGACUGUACACAGUUGCUGUUAAGCUAA